CACAUAUUUGAUUGGUUAACGAACCGGCAUCCAGUCAGGAAAAUCGGGCUCAUAGAAUCGCUAUAUAAAAAUGGGUGUCGACACGCCGUUAUUUAUAUUUUCCUUAAUAGACGAGGGAUUUCUGUUGUUUCUUGUGGUUUAUUUUGUAAUAACAUUGUCUGAUUUAGAGUCAGACUACCUGAAUGCAAGGACAUGCUGUGAGAAAUUAAAUUAUUGGGUUUUCCCUGAGAUGGUGCCGCAAGCUGUUCUGUCAGUGCUGCUGCUGUUCACAGGUCAUUGGAUACUGUUCAUCUUGUAUGCACCAUGUACAGCAUGGAUUGUAUACAGAUAUGUUUCGAAGCCCUCCGGCAACAUUGGAAUCUUUGAUCCUACAGAAAUCCACAACAGACAGCAGCUGAAAUUUCUUCUGAAGGAGAGUCUCUGUAAAAUGGGCUUCCACCUGAUUUUCUUCUUUGUUUACCUUUACAUGAUGAUAUACACCUUGAUAGCCGGUGAAGAUUAGAAUGCAUCUGGAUCACCCAUCAAACUUAUCCACUCCGAAAAUAUCAUUUUGCCAUAUAAUUAAUAAGUGUUUAACAUCAUCAUAGUUUUGAUUUUUUUCAUGUAUUGACCACAGGUGGAAGUAAUGUACCCUGGAAAGUAUAUUCAAAUAAAUAUAUAAAAUUAUGUUUAAUGAGAGAAAAAAUGGA